CGGCACGUAAAGAUCAACUUCACUCUCGUGGGCGCUAGGUUCAAUCCGCGGACAUACUCCGCGCGAGACAUGAACUCGAGUGUCUUUUCGACGGUGAAUCGAUGUCAACUCAAUUCGCCUUCCCUGAAUACCUGGCACCAGCCAAUAUCCGGCAGCGCGCGAAAGCUCCCCUGGUGCAACCCAUGUUCGUGUACGGUGGAGGUCGCGCCGAGUACGUGACCCUUGCGGACGGGCUCGCGCGAAAUAACACGUUGCAUAACCGCCGAAAGCGUCGAUGCGCACGGGCUCCCCCGGAUGUGGCGCGGGAAUGGAAAAAUUUAACCUAUUCGGUCGCGGCGGGCGCCUUGACGCCGCCCUCAUAUACCGACACCGCGCCGGCCUCGCUCGUUCGCGCGUCGGAUCCCAGGCGCCAGAAGCGUUGUCAACAUCUCAAAGACGGCUCAAAAACGCCCAAUUUCGCGUCCGACACCUCACCCAACGACGAGAAGGGGCGGAUAGUGGCUCGCUCUACGUGCGACGAGCAUAUCCGCAGUAGUCGUCUCAGGCGAUUUCUAACGCGCCUUCUUACGCCAAAAAAUCGCAUUUUGACGCAAAAUGCACGGAGGUCCGCGCGGGAAUCCCUCGUUGAGAGCCUCGACGGUUGUGGAGGGGGGAGGGGGAGGGGGCAGCGCGGAGCGCUGCCCUCGGCUGCGACAACGCGCGAGCUUUAUCAGGAGCUUCGCCUCGCACUCCCUCUACGGCCCACGCGCCCCCUCGUCAUGAUUUACGCCCGUCGCAUGCCGAGGAUCCAGAUAUCGUUGUCUCUCGAGCCGGUCCCAGGCCGCGCAGGCCUACCUGCGCUCUCUGUGGCCCUCGUACAAGCUCCCCAGGCGCUGAAGCAACAUAUCGCCGUCCGGCGAGCGAAGGUUUCUUUUGCUCGCCAUGCGCUCCCCCUCCGUCGCUCGCCUGCUGCGCGUCCCCGCCCACCCCCCUAGGCGAUGAGGCAACGUAUCGUCGUCCGCCGAGCGAGGUGCGCUUUCUUCAUUUGCGCCGCGCGACGCGCAUCCGGAGACGUGCGGAAAUGUCCAGCGCCCUUCUCAGCGCCCCCUCGAUUCUCAUCUUCAUGUUGAACAUGUCGCGUGUGCGCUCUCGGAGCCGACAUCACGUGAUAUGUUCGACUUGUGCGCGUGUUUCGCGAGUGCAUGCCCCUGGUGUUCAUCUCGCAUAUCUUCUCUCGCGGACGUUAGGUUACUGCUCAGUUGAUACUCCUUGGUAUACUGCUUGUAAUAACUACGACAUGCAAUGGAAUUCUGCUGU